AUGCCUCGUCAUCUAUUUCUUGAAUCAAAAACAACUUUAUCAACAAAUAAAAAUAUUUUAAAUCAAUCGGAGAGACUUAUUUAUCAUUCACAAACAUCAAGAGAUAAUCGAAUUCAUAAUAAAGAAAAUGAUCUAGAUGAAGAUGAUCAACCAAGAAAACAUUCACCAAAUAGAACAGACGAUACAUUCAUAUUUCGAGAACAUAGACAAAGAUGGUCUAAGAAUCAAUCAACAUCUGAUAAACGUCAACAACGUCGACCAUUAUCCAAAAUGGGUACUACAUUUUCAGGUGCUAGCUCAGCAUUAUCAGACUCACCAUCAACUUUACCUAAUGGUAUACGAUCAAAUCUAUUCAAUAGUCUAAGUCCUUCUCGAGAUAAAAAUGGAGGACGUAUUCCAUUAUCAACAACAACUUUAUUGAAUGAUUCACGUCCACCACCACGUAUUAAAAUUCUUGAAUUACGUGCUGAAAUUGAAAAUAAACCAACAUUAAUCGAUGAAACAUCAUCAUCAGUUUUAAAAUAUAAAACACCACAAUUUAAAUCACAUGUUAUUUUUCAAAUGCCUGCAAUUGAUGAAAAUCAAAAUUGGAAAAUUGGAUGGAUUCAAGCUUGUACACAUAUGGAAUUUUUUAAUACAUAUGGAGAUUAUGGUUAUACAUCAUGGGAAUUUCCUGAAAUGGUGACACGUGAAAAACCAUUAAUAAAUGAUAGUGAUGGACGAAAUUAUCCUUGGUAUGGUAGUUCACAUCAAGUUGUUACUAUCAAUGGACCUAUAUCACAUACAUCAAAAUAUACAGUUACAAUGAGAGAUUUUUUUCAUCCUUGGUAUGUUUAA